AUGAUCCUCGGCCACGAGGCGUCUGGCACGGUCGUGGCGGUUGGACCCGAGGUGAAGAACCUGAAGGUCGGUGAUCGCGUUGCCCUGGAGCCUGGCAUUCCUCGCUGGAACUCCACGCAGACGCUCAACGGCAUCUACAACCUCGACCCCGAUCUCACCUUCUUCGCCACACCGCCCAUCGAUGGCUGCAUGAGCACCACCGUGAUCCACCCGUCCGCACUGUGCUUCAAGCUGCCCGACAAUGUGAGCUACGAGGAGGGUGCGAUGUGCGAGCCGAUCGCUGUCGGUAUGCACUCCGCCACCAAGGCGGGCAUCAAGCCUGGCGACGUGGCCCUCGUGAUCGGCGCCGGCACGAUCGGUAUCGUCACGGCCCUGUCCGCCCUCGCCGGCGGCUGCUCCGAGGUGGUCAUUUGCGAUGUGCUGGAUGCGCGUCUGGAGAUGGCGAGGCGCUACCCCGGUCUGCGCCCGGUGAACUCGAAGAACAAGGAGGAGCUGAAGAAGGUGGUUGACGAGGUAACGAGCGGCAACGGCGCUGACCGCGUCUUUGAGUGCACCGGCAACGGAGCGGCCUACAACCUGAUCUACGAGUGCGCCGCCCCUGGUGCGACCUGCGUGCUGGUGGGCAUGCCGAUCAAGCCGGUGGUGCUCGAUGUUGUCUCGUCGCAGGCGAAGGAGAUUACCUUCCAGACGAUCUUCCGCUACCGCAACGUGUACCCGAAGAUCAUCCGCCUGCUCAGCUCUGGCAAGCUCAACGUGAAGCCGCUCAUCAGCGCCAAGUUUCCUUUCAAGGACAGCGUGAAGGCGUACGAGCGUGCCCUCUCUCGCGACCCGAAGGAUAUUAAGAUCAUGAUUCAGCUGGAUGCCACGCAGGCGUCGCGGAUGCGGAUAACGCCCUUCUUCUCCAGCACGAGACUCUUCAUGAGGACCAUUUUUCUGAAGCUGCAAAUGAUUCGGUGA